CCCCUGGCUUGUGUUCACUGACCUGGCCCGGAAUUGGGGCUUGCCCGAUUCCGCAGCGCUUUCCAGGUCGCUCAGACCAGUGGAGACAAUCGUGUGGACCAGCCCAGAUCUUCUUACCACUCUGUGUUUUAAACUCCCUACAGGCAAACUAUUUACAAGCUUUGAUGUCUUUAAGGCAAAGAGGGCAUGGGGGAAUCUUUAACCACAAAUUGGCAUUUAAGUUAAUUUCUUCUUCUUUUUUGUCUUAAAGCAUUGGCUUUGGAAAACAGGUCUGCCGUUAUGGAUCGUCUCGCAGAAGCAAAUGGCACUUUUGCUUUAAACCUUUUGAAAACGCUGGGUGAAGGCAACUCGAAGAAUGUGUUUUUCUCACCCUUGAGCAUGGCCUCUGCCCUGGCCAUGGUCUACAUGGGAGCACAGGGAAACACCGCUGCUCAGAUGGCCCAGGUACUUUCUUUAAAUAAAAGUGGUGGUGGCGGAGACGUCCACCAGGGCUUCCAGUCUCUUCUCACCGAAGUGAAUAAGCCUGGCACACAGUACUUGCUUAGGACGGCCAACAGGCUCUUUGGGGAAAAGUCCUGUGACUUCCUCUCAUCUUUUAGAGAUUCCUGCCAAAAAUUCUACCAAGCGGAGAUGGAGGAGCUUGACUUUAUCAGCGCCAUAGAGAAGUCCAGAAAACAUAUAAACACCUGGGUAGCUGAAAAGACAGAAGGUAAAAUUGCCGAGUUGCUCUCCCCGGGCACAGUGGAUUCACUGACAAAGCUGGUUCUGGUGAAUGCCAUCUACUUCAAAGGAAACUGGGAUAAACAAUUCCGCAAGGAGAACACCAAGGAGAGACCGUUUAAAGUCAGCAAGAAUGAAGAGAAACCUGUGCAAAUGAUGUUUAAGAAAUCUACUUUCAAGAAGACCUAUAUAGGAGAAAUUUUUACCCAGAUCCUGGUGCUUCCCUAUGUUGGCCAGGAGCUGAAUAUGAUCAUCAUGCUUCCGGAUGAUAGCACCGACUUGAGAACGGUGGAGAAAGAAAUCACUUACGAGAAGUUCGUAGAAUGGACGAGGCUGGACAUGAUGGAUGAGGAGGAGGUGGAAGUGUUUCUCCCACGGUUUAAACUGGAGGAAAGCUACGACAUGGAGCGCGUCCUGCGCAACCUGGGCAUGACCGAUGCCUUCGAGGUGGGCAAGGCAGACUUCUCCGGGAUGUCCAAGACAGACCUGUUUCUGUCCAAGGUCGUGCACAAAUCCUUUGUGGAGGUCAAUGAGGAAGGCACAGAGGCCGCAGCUGCCACAGCUGCCAUCAUGAUGCUGCGGUGUGCCAGAUUCACCCCCCGCUUCUGUGCCGACCACCCCUUCCUUUUCUUCAUCCAGCACAGCAAGACCAAUGGGAUUCUCUUCUGCGGCCGCUUUUCCUCCCCGUGAGGACAGGGUGGUCUUUGUGCACAGCCCCUCUCCUCUCUGUCCUCUGACACUCCACAGUGUGCCUGCGACCCAAGUGGCCUUAUCCGUGUGAUGGUGGCACUUCAGAAAUAAAGGGAACAACUGUGGGAUGCCACA